CAUUCAUCAAAUAGUAAUAGUAGGAUUCCAAUUCCAUCCUCAAUCCAUCAUCAAUCCAAAUCAAACACAACUACAACUUCACUUCAUUCUCAUUCUCAAUCUCCUCCUCAAUCUCCAACUCAUCAUCAGAUUCCUAUCAUCAUGACCUCUCAAAAUCGUCAUCCAAAUCGUAAUCAUUUACCUAGACCUCCUUCUUCUUAUGGUGAUGAUCUAUCAUCUAACCUACCUAGUAGUUCAUCUCGUAAUUCUCCUUUACUCACAAGUGAAACUCGUCAACGUCAAAGUAGGAAAGAUGAGGCUAUAAGAAAAAAAAUCGAAAAUGAACUUCAACGUAAACGUCCAGGUCAGAAACGUGGUCCUACUGGUGGACUUGGUCAUCCUGGUCCUAGACCUAGACGUCAAGCCGGUACUGUAUCCGCUUUAAGACCUUUACCAGCAUUAACUGUACCCGAUAAUAUCACGGUGGCCGAUGCUUCUCAACUUUGUGCUGCCAAACGUACUGAUUGUGUAUUGGUGGUGGAUGAGGAUGAACAUUUAUGUGGUAUCUUUACUGCAAAGGAUUUAGCAUUUCGUGUCAUUGGUGAUGGACUUGAUCCUCGUUCAACUCUCGUUUCUGAAAUCAUGACCAAGAAUCCAAUGGUCACUCGUGAUACUACUUCUGCUACUGAAGCUCUCACUACAAUGGUGACUCGAGGAUUCAGACAUUUGCCUGUAUGUAAUGAAGAAGGAGACGUGAUCGGACUUUUAGAUAUCACCAAAGUAUUUCAUGAAUCAUUAGAGAAACUUGAAAGAGCCUAUGGAUCAUCUCAAAAACUUUAUAAUGCGAUUGAAGGUGUUCAAUCUGAAUUUGGUGGUAGUUCUAAUGCUACUCAUAUCAAUCAACCUAAUCCAUUGAUGGCAUAUGUAGAAGCUUUAAGGGAUAAAAUGUCAUUUCCAGAUCUCGGAUCGAUUUUAGAUGCCAGAACGACAGCAGCAACAGUAGGGGUGAAAACAAGUGUGAAAGAAGCGGCUAAACUGAUGCGUGAUCAUCAUACCACUGCAGUUUGUGUGAUGGAGAAUGAUGGUAAGAAGAUUGCAGGGAUCUUUACUAGUAAAGAUGUCGUCUUGAGAGUCAUUGCGGCUGGAUUAGAUGCAAGAACUUGUAGUGUGGUAAGAGUGAUGACACCUCAUCCUGAUACUGCAUUACCUAGUCUUAGCAUACAGGAAGCUUUACGCAAGAUGCAUGAUGGGCACUAUUUGAACUUACCAGUCGUGGAUGAGGCAGGUCAACUUCAAGGUUGUGUUGAUGUACUCAAACUUACCUACGCGACACUUGAACAAGUGAACUCGAUCAGUGCAGAUGGUCAAACAGAUGAAUCAGGUGGACCAGUCUGGAGUCGAUUCUUUGCCUCUUUAGGUCAAGCUGGUUCGGUAGAUGAUGACGCUGGAUCAGCUAUUUCAGGUUCUCAUCUCGAUGCUAGUGAACUUCCACCACGUACACCCACCAGUAACCGAUUCAAAGGUCAACGUCAUGCUAGUAGAGGACCUGACACACCUGGAUCUGAACUUGCACCCAAUGAUUCUGCUUCAGUGAUUCAUGAUGAAGCUGAUUCAGCCUUGAUGAGUAAAAGUGGGGUAAUGAGCUUUGCGAACGGAAGAGGAGGAGCACCGAUCGAAUUUGAUGAUGGAACUUAUCUCUUCAAGUUUAUUGCACCAUCAGGUUCGGCACAUCGAUUUCAAGCACGUUAUGAUAGUUAUGAUUUCGUACGAGAAAUCAUUCAAGGCAAACUUCAAACCGAUCCGUUUAUCUUACCAUCAGAAGAUUCGAGUGGUAUUACAGAUCAAACUUUAAGACCUGAUUCAAAUGAUUUUCAAAUGUCAUAUUUUGAUGAUGAUAAUGAUUUAGUUUUGAUGACUUCAGAUCAAGAUAUAACGGAUUCGGUGAAUUUAGCAAAAAAACAAUCUAAAGAUCGAGUAGUGAUUCAUUUGAAAGGAGGUAAAACUUGGGGAGAUUUAGAUUUGAUUAAAAAGAAGAAUGUGAAUUCGAUUAUUAGAUUAAAGGCUGUAAGUGAAGCAGAAGAAAAGGAAGAAUCAAAUGGGAUUCAUCAGAAUGAUUUACAACAAGAAGAUCAAGAUGAUGAAGAUGAUGAAGAUCAAACUAUGAAGAUUGAAACAACUCGUAAACGAGUGAAGAAAGUUCAAAAGGAUCAUCAGAAAGAUGAAUUGGUGGCUGGGAUUCCAAAGGAUUUGGUUUUACCUGCUGCUAUUGGGUUCUUAGGAUUUGUGAUCUUGGGUGUCUUUUUGGCUAGUAAACCAAGUAGAUGAUCAUUGAAUUCGAUUCUCAUUCUCAUUCACAUUCAUUCAUUCAUUUAAAUCUUUUCAUCAAUAGUUUUUUUUCUUUUUUUUCUUCUUGAUUUUUUUCUGAAAAAGGUGAAAGUCGAAAUUUGAUUUCUUCACUUAAGUUUUCUUAUUUUAUUUUUUUGAAUUUCAUUGGUUAUGGAUUGAUGAUGAUGAUCACUAGAAUAGAUGAUGGUUAUGAAUCAGAUAAUCAAAUAUACAUGGACUUUCUUAAACCAG